AUGGUUCUGUUCAGGCAAAUCCACAGAAGUCAGAAGACUCGACCGUUCGACGAGGUUCAUGAGGGCCCACUGGCGACAGCGACUGCAAUUGCUCCUGUCAAGUCACAGACGGCGCGCGGCAGUGGGGCUCCAGGGCCGGUUAAUUGGAACUGUUCCUCAGAUAACUGCUUUGGCGCUAAGACAGCGAAGGGGUUUCAUUUCGUUUUCGGUUCGGCCUCUUAUGAGUCCACGUCAGUUUCAGUCUUGCUGCAGCGGAAGAGUACCAGCAAGAAGUUCAAUGCUUUUUACGGAAGUUCUCAGAACUACUGGGCGGGCCAGCAGAUUGUCGAUGAUAUGAAGGCGUCGAGUGCGAAGGAACUACCGAUGCUCUAUAUCGACAGCGCAGAAACGUAG